UUUGUCUUGCAAGGUUAUUUGUGUGCACGUUCUGAACAUUACAUCAGUUAAGAGGUCACCGUGACGACUGUUAAAAUAAACAAUGAGAACAUGACAUACGCCAAGGACGCGGAAGUUUCCAGUGACGAGUCAAUUGAAUGCGAAGAUGUUGAAAUCGAUUAUGGAAAUCUAACUGACGAUGCAGCACUUCGAUCGUCUACCUAUGGCUCCUCAGUUCACAAGGACUCAGUCAAAAAGACAAAAAAUACAGCUGAGCUGCGCGUCAGCAAGGGAAAAGUGUUGAAUUAUCUUCGGAUACCAAAAGCUGUCGAUUUCAUGUCUCCAGAUCUGACUGAAUAUGUUACAGAGAUGCAAAGAGCAAGUUUGAUUGCACAACUCAAAGCUAAUAAAGAUUAAUUUAAUCGAAUGUGAAGGAUAUCAUGUAACUGUGCCCUUCAAAGUGAAGCUUGCCAAUUCUUGAAUCUUGUUCACUAAGUUUUUUGUUGCUGAAUUGUGCACUUUGACGGGCUAUUUGAUUUUGCUCAUAGUUGAAGAAUCCGUACCAAUCUACAACGUGUUGGUCAGUGAAGGUGAAAAUUGAUAACGGUCUAUCCAAAAUCAAUCACCUGACUGGCAAAUCAAGGUAAACCCUUGCAUAGAAGUGCAUUGGUUCAGUUUGUCACCUUCAGUUAUCUACAAAGUUCUACCAAUAUAUACUCAGCUUUCAUUUUCUAAACACGAUGUAGUAAUUAGAGAACACAGUUCAAAGCAAAUACAUAUUUUCGGUAAAUUCAGGUCAGUUUUUACAAUUGUACUUGGAAUGGGAGAAACCCAAAGGAAGUAGUAUCUUUUACCUACCUAG